GUAAAAUGGAAAAGAAAUCAUCUGCCAGCAGUCCAGUAAUACAAGUUCGUCGUUUGGUGUUUGCCAUUUCAAAAACGACUUUGGCAAUGCGGAAAAUAAAUAGGCCGUGUAGAGAAUGGUACAGAUAGUGUAUUCUGGCAGCUAGUUCGAUUGUGUGUUUAGUGCAACAGUAUCCAGUCUUUUAUUGGAAUUAUAAGGAAUCACACCGACACGUCAUUGUCACGAUUUUCAGAUGUGUCGUCUGUGUUGCAGCGCGUAAUGGAGGGUCAUGUUGACAUUCCAGACGAAGUCCAAACAAAUAACAUCAAAGAACUUACAACAUUUCCUUUUCCCCCAGCCUCAGAAUGCACAUACACAAACUGUUACUGCGAAGAAAAUGUUUGGAAGCUGUGUGAUCACAUCAGAACUAAGCAUCCUUCACAUCUGGAGAAGUGCUUUGUAGUGUUUAUUUCAAAUGAGGAAAAACAGGUUCCUCUCUGGCAUCAGAAAGCCAGCAAACGUCCAGACAGACUAGUAGUAUGGGACUACCAUGUGGUGUUGGUGUAUCAGCAUGACCGGGGAGGCUUAGUUUAUGACCUUGACACAGAGCUGCUUUUCCCUUCCCCUCUUGCUUUGUAUGUGGAACAUGCCAUUGGAGAUGACAGCUGGCUUAAGCCAGAAUUUCACAGGCGAUUCCGGGUGGUUGCUGGGGAAGAAUAUUUGAAAGAAUUCGCCUCUGACAGAUCCCAUAUGACAAAAGAAGAUGGUACCUGGAUGGUUGAACCACCUACAUACCCUUGUAUACAAACGCUGGCAUGUCAGAACAACUUGGCAGAUUUCAUUUCCAUGCAGGAAGGGACUGGCGUUGGGAAAGUGGUGGACACUAAGAGUCUUGUGAAAAUGUUUUCACAGUGAUUGAGUGUGAUUGCAUAUUUUUGUAAAUGUUUAAAAUAGACUUUAUCAACAUUUUGUUCCUACUAAAAUAACAUUGAGCUGUGUGUUCAACAUUUUCCAGUGUCAUUACAGUAAUUCUCAGUUAAUAUCUCUAUUUGUCUUUUGUCACACACUUGCAGUGUAGUUCAUUAACAUGCAGAUUCACAGUUAAUGUCCCUGUUGUCAUGCAUGUAAUACAUGAUCCCACUGAACAAGUUUGAGGCGCUUGUAUAGCACAGCCAGGCAUGUCUGUGAUCACCUCGAUGCCAACAUUGUAAUCUCAACUUUGACACCGCUAGGAAGACUGCCAUAUAUAUGGUCUGUAAAGAGAAAAUCUUUAGAUUGUGUUUGUAUCAUUCAAAAUGACAUCCUGUAACUUGAGAGCUUAUUGUGAAAGGCAAGGAACUAAGAUUGACAAAAAGACCCAAUCAGCCCAAAUAUAGGAUUUUACUUUUUUAAACUUGUGCUUUCUUUAAAGAUUUUAAUUUGCUUGCUGUCAGGAAUGGAUUAAAUCUCAUGUUACUAAGGUUACAGAUAACUUUAAAAAUCAACUCCACAAGUAUCUCGUUAUUUUUGCCAAGACGUCAAUAUCUGUCCCUUAAUAUGUUCUUUAGCCUUGCAUUUGUCAUUUUUAAAAAUCAUGGGAUGCAAUUUUUCAGGAAGAUGGCAUAUUCUUCUUUGAGAUCCUUUGAAUUACUGUUAAUCCUCUCAGAAGUUUGGAAAGACUAACAAUAAUAUUAUCUACACUUGAGUGCUUGUAGAAAUGCUCUUAGCUGUGUACUUUUCCUUCCACCAUCUAUAAGAUAUAGACGAUUUUUUUAUAAAGUUUAUUUUCAUGGUAAAGACAAAAAAGGGCAUUAAUAUAAUGUAGAAUGUAGUCUCUUGUUGUAACCUUCUAUAACAAGACAGUCUACCUCUGUUCUAAAUCUAUCAUAAGUCUCAUCAGUCAUCCAAACAAGUUCAGUCCUACUGAACAGACUUACAUAGACUUAACCACAAGUGCUAAAACUCACCCAGAACUAUUUAAGAGUUGGCAGGUUUUAUAAAGAUAAACAUCAUGGUCUGAUUCAAGCACAACAGUUAAAUACUUGUCUUCUGUAUAGCUAGGAUCGGAUGCUGGGUUCAAUUAAUUUAAUUUAGUGAAAUGAGAAGUGUGUGUUUGGACUUGAGGUAGUCAUGCUGUUCACAACAGAACCUUGGCCAGGAGUUUACAAUAGCUUUUCUUUAUUUACUUGUAAGUUAUAUAAUAUUAUGAGCAUAUACUCAAAUGUAAAUUAAUAAUUAGUUUGAUAUGCGACAGUUUGGGGUCUAUGACAUUAAAUUAAAAAAAAAAAUGUUGUUGAAGUUUAAUUAUUCAUGUUUCACCUGCCAUAUAAAGUUUUUAGGUUUCAUGUUUUUUCUUGUAGGUAGUGGGUUAGACAGCAGUUUAUAUGUGUAAACAUUACGAACUCUUUUUAAUUGUGUUGUAUCUCAAAAAACUCCUUAGUGUAAAGAUAUACAAAUUUCAUGUUCUUAAGGAAAUUGUACAGUUAAGAGAAAAACUAUAAUUAAACACCAAGUUAUCACUGAU